CUCACCACCUACAAGCAUCCUUGGGCAAAACCUAGGAGGCAGUGGAAAAGCCAAAAAUGCAGGGCUCUGGCUGCUUCCUAGUUUUCUUUCUUUUCUUUUCUUCAUUCUCUUCCUUCUCCUCUGCUCUAACCAAUGCCGAAGCGUCCUCUAUUGCACGUAGACAGCUGUUAGCCCUCCCUGAAGGCGGUGACUUUCCUGAUCAUUAUGAAUUUGAGGUUGAGUUGAACCUGAACUUUCCCAACACCAGGCUUAGACGUGCAUACAUUGCACUUCAAGCAUGGAAAAAGGCCAUAUACUCAGACCCUCUUAAAACAACAGAGAACUGGGUUGGUGCUAAUGUCUGCUCUUAUACCGGAGUGUUCUGUGCAAAAGCUCUUGAUGACCCAGAAUUAGAGGUUGUGGCUGGCAUUGAUCUCAACCAUGCCGACAUUGCAGGAUACCUUCCUGUUGAAUUAGGCCUGUUGACCGACAUCGCCUUGUUCCACAUAAACUCCAACAGGUUCUGUGGUAUCAUCCCCAAGAGCUUCUCUAGGCUAACUCUUCUCCAUGAGUUCGAUGUUAGCAACAACCGAUUCGUGGGAUCGUUCCCAGAAGUUGUCCUGCAUAUUCCAAACCUCAAGUAUCUUGACCUCAGGUUUAAUAAUUUUGAGGGGAAAUUGCCUCCUGAGCUCUUCAACAAGAAAUUGGAUGGCCUGUUCUUGAACGACAACAGGUUCACAUCCACCAUUCCUGACACGCUUGGUAACUCCCCUGUCUCAGUUCUUGUGGUCGCCAACAAUGAUCUUGAGGGCUGCAUCCCUAACAGCAUUGGAAAGAUGGUAAACACUUUGAACGAGAUCAUCUUGUCCAACAACAAGUUUGCUGGGUGUUUGCCUCCUGAAAUCGGAUAUCUCUCAAAGGUGACUGUGUUUGAUAUUAGUUCAAACACAUUCAGUGGGAUCUUGUCCAAAACUUUCAAAGGCCUAGAGAAGUUGGAAGAGGUGGAUAUUUCACACAACAUGCUAACUGGGUUUGUUCCUGAGAGUAUAUGCACAUUGCCAAACUUAGUGAACUUCACAUUCUCUGAUAACUUCUUCAAUGGUGAGACCCAAGAAUGUGUACCGUCUUCUCGGAAGAACGUUGUGUUUGAUGACAUAAGCAACUGCUUACCAGAUAGGCCUCAACAAAAGUUAGCAAAAGAAUGUCAAGUUGUUGUUAGCAAACCAGUGGAUUGCGGUAAGGCAAAGUGUGGAGGUGGACAAGGAGGUGGACAAGGACCAUCAAAACCAUCUCAGCCUCCAGUUGAGAAGCCAAAGACACCAAAGCCAGAACAACCUAAACAACAACCUCCUCCACAACCUAAGCAACAACCACCAAAACCAUCACCGGAAUCGGUUCCAACACCUUCUACACCCAAACCACAACCCCCUAAAGAAGAACCUCCCAAGAAGGAACAACCCCCCAAAGAGGAGCCACCAAAGGAACAACCUCCAAAAGAGGAGCCACCCAAGGAACAACCUCCCAAGGAGGAGCCACCCAAGGAACAACCUCCCAAGGAGGAGCCACCAAAAGAACAACCACCCAAGGAGGAGCCACCAAAGGAGGAACCACCCAAGGAAGAGCCACCAAAGGAAGAACCACCCAAAGAGCAGCCACAAAAGGAAGAACCUCACAAAGAGCAGCCACCAAAGGAAGAGCCACCAAAGGAAGAACCACCCAAGGAGGAGCCACCAAAGGAAGAACAACCCAAAGAGCAACCACCAAAGGAAGAACGUCCUAAGGAGCAGCCACCAAAAGAAGAACCACCCAAGGAGGAGCCACCAAAGGAAGAACCUCCCAAAGAGGAGCCACCAAAGGAAGAACCUCCCAAGGAGGAGCUACCCAAAGAACAGCCUCCUAAAGAGGAACCACCCAAAGAACAGCCUCCUAAGGAGGAGCCACCCAAGGAGCAACCUCCCAAAGAAGAGCCACCAAAGGAAGCACCUCCCAAAGAGGAGCCACCCAAAGAACAGCCUCUCAAAGAGGAACCACCUAAAGAAACUCUCACACCAGAACCAUCUCCAGAACCAGUUGCUAGCCCCCCUGAAAUAGUUGAAGAAGGACCACCACCACCUGAGCCUACCACUACAAGUCCUAGGGUUCCAGUUCAUCCUCCUCCUCCAGCACCUGUAACAAUGCCACCAUCGCCUGAACCCACAGGGCAAAGUCCUGUAUUUCCAAUCCACCCUCCUCCUCCACCAGUUCACUCUCUUCCACCACUAGUCAACUCACCCCUUCCACCAGUGCAAUCACCUCCUCCACCAGUCCAUUCUCCACCACCACCUGUCCACUCUCCACCACCAGCUCAUUCUCCACCACCCCCAGUCCAUUAUCCUCCACCUCCAGUCCACUCUCCCCCACCACCGGUUCACUCUCCUCCACCCCCAGUCAACUCUCCUCCGCCCCCGGUUCACUCUCCUCCGCCCCCGGUUCACUCUCCUCCACCCCCAGUCAACUCUCCUCCGCCCCCGGUCCACUCUCCUCCACCACCAGCACCAGUCCACUCUCCUCCACCACCAGCACCAGUCAACUCUCCUCCGCCCCCGAUCCACUCUCCUCCACCACCAGCACCAGUCCACUCUCCACCACCCCCGGUCCAAUCACCCCCACCACCAACACCAGUCCACUCUCCUCCACCUCCGAUCCAAUCACCUCCACCACCAGCACCAAUCCACUCUCCACCACCACCGGUCCACUCUCCUCCACCCCCGGUCCAAUCACCCCCACCACCAACACCAAUCCACUCUCCUCCACCACCAAUCCACUCUCCACCACCACCGAUCCACUCUCCUCCACCACCGGUCCACUCUCCACCACCCCCGGUCCAAUCACCCCCACCACCAGCACCAGUCCACUCUCCACCACCACCGGUCUACUCUCCUCCACCCCCGGUCCAAUCACCCCCACCACCAGCACCAGUCCACUCUCCACCACCACCGGUCCACUCUCCUCCACCACCGGUCCACUCUCCUCCACCACCUGUCCAUUCUCCACCACCCCCGAUCCAAUCACCCCCACCACCAGCACCAGUCUACUCGCCGCCACCUCCAGUCCAAUCACCACCACCACCUACCCAGUCUCCACCGCCUCCAGAAAACUCUCCUCCCCCACCUUCUCCUUCUCCUUCACCUCCUCCUCUCGUUGUCUCAUCACCCCCUCCAGUAGAUGACUUUGUCCUGCCACCAACCUUCGGCUCCCAAUACUCAUCUCCACCUCCACCAAUGUUCCAGGGCUACUAAGCAUUAUGAUAUCAACCUUCAUAACCUACAUGGCUUUGUUUAUAAAUAUUUACAAUCUCAAAGAAAUACACCCACUUUUGUUAGUUAACCAUAACUUGUUGUAUAAUUCAUGACAUCAAAGUGUAAAUCAUUUUCAUGUGCCUACUUAAUGCAAUAAAGGACAUUAUCGGCAAAUCAUUCCAUCAUUUGUAUUUUGCUUUUGGUUGUUUUUUAAUUGAAUGUGUUGCUUUAUCA